ACUGGGUAGAAGAGAAGCUUGUGGAGCAGACGCGCUCAUACGUACUACAACCGACCACUUAGGCAUAUUUUCACAUUUCACUUUACCGUCAAGGUGUGCGCGCUGUGAAGUUGGAAGAGAUUGUGAGAAACAGGUGUAAAGUGUGAAUAUCCUUUAAAAAGCUUGAGAUGGACCAUAAAGACACGGAGAUGAACGAGAAGGGAGUAACGGUGACCAGUACGACUUCAUCCAGUGGAGUUGUUGUUCAAGUGCGCGAAAAGAAGGGACCUCUGCGCGCUGCCAUUCCCUACAUGCCAUUCCCUGUAGCUGUUUUCUGCCUAUUUCUUAACACUUUUGUACCUGGACUAGGGACGUUUGUGUCUGCAUUCACGGUGCUGUGUGGAGCCCGGACAGAUCUGCCAGACCGCCAUGUGUGUUGCGUGUUCUGGUUGAACAUAGCUGCAGCCUUCAUUCAGAUCCUCACAGCGAUAGUGAUGGUGGGCUGGAUCAUGAGUAUAUUCUGGGGCAUGGACAUGGUCAUCUUGGCCAUUUCUGAAGGUUACAGAGACCAGGUGCCCCAGCAGGUGUAAGGCUUGACUUAUACCGGUCAGCUGACCCCUGGAUGUACAGUUGACCCCUCCACUCCCACUCUGACCUGACCCCUGACAUCUGAGUGACCCCUUCACAGCAGUGGACAAAAAGUCACACGGGGGCGCAUCACAUGAGGAGACUCACUGGUUCCACCCCAGCUAAUGCACUCCCACCCACUCCACCCAAACCAGAUAUCCUCUACUCCACCCUGCCUAGCCCAUAUGUAACCCACUGUAACCAUGCUCUUUUCUACCCCACCUACCCACCUUAACCCUGCUGUCUUCCAUCCCAUCCUAACCCCCUCAAAAGGCACCCCCCUGUAAAGUGAUGUUUAAUGGCAUUCCAGCUGUGCUGUAGCUGUGCUGUAGUGUGCUGUGUACCUGUCAAGACCUGUGCCAGGGUUGGGAGGAACUACGGACCUACCAGGACCUGUGCUAAGGAGGAGAGGAACUAUCUACCUGCCAGGACCCUGGCCACAGUUGGGAGGAAGUGAGAGAGAACUCUCUCCUCUGUGUGUUUGUGCUUUAAAAAACAUACAAACUGUUGCUGACUGACAGUGUGGAGUGAUCUUUAGGACUGUCCACUAUGUGUUGUACUGCCUUAUAAGGAGUAAAUUAUAUUUUAUAUGAAGUAUUCUGCAAUGAUACCUCACAUACUGUAUUGCGUUCCAGCCAUGAUGAUUAUAUAUUAUGACUGCCCUCCUUUACACACACUAACACACA